CACUAUUAUUAAAACUUAUCUUACUUAAGUUCUACUUCAUAGCAUUUCUGCAGCAGAAUUUUUAUAAAUGUAACACAUACAGAAUCCUGAUUGAGAAGCCCCUAAAAUUGAGUGACAUUUCAAUAUUUAGCCGAAUGACUUAUAAUUUUCCUUUCUAAGAAAAACGGUCAUAUCACAAUAAUCUAUGAGAUUUCUCGCUUCAUUGGUGACUAAUAAAGUACAAGAAAUUACAGCGAGCGAGCCAAAAUAUUCCGUUCGCGACACACUCACCGAGUUUUGAAAUAGAAACGUAAUUAAUUGUAGUUAAUUUUAAUUGUACGGCCUCGAGACCUGACAUGACAGGAUUAUUUUUAGAUUUUUCGCGUGAAAUUGAUAGUGAAAACAGUUUUAGUGAUUAAUGUCUACUUAUUCUGAUUGUGAACUUAAGUUUUAUAAGCUUAUUUAACUUAAACUAUUGAAUCUACUUUUAUGUAAAUAUGUGUAUAACCUUUCUAAACGUAAGUUUGUAUUAAAAAAAAAUAUUUUUAGCCUAUAAUGUCUCACUGCUGGGCAAAGGCCUCCCCAUCUCGCUUACACACUUCCCGAUCUUUCGACCAGGUCCACCAGUAAAAAAAAUAUAAAAAUAAAGUUAAAAAUACUUCAUAAUUUACGAUUUUGAAAAAAAAAAAAAACAAUUUAAAUUCGUCAUACCCAAAGGCCCUUAUAAAAAAACAACGCGACGUAUUAGGUAACAAACUUGCGUCACAAAAGGCAUUUCAAACGAGUGUGACCUCUUUUUUAAACUCGCAUAAUCUUUGAUAUCGUAACGACAUCGUUAUAGCGAACGAACGUAACGGCACGUUAUCGUCGAUAGCUUAUCGCUGUGAGCCGUUCGCGUUUAUACCUGCGCGCGCGCAUACACAUCGCUCACCGUUCCAAAUUCAAACGAAUUUAGAAAUUGUGCGAUUCGAUUUUUGAAUUUCGACUGCGUUGUGACAUCAACAGCAGCCAACCACACGCCGCUACACAACAAAUGGAUUAGCCUUAUAUUAUAAUAUAAGCCAAUCAUAUUUAGCCUAAGCAUAACCAUGACGCGUCAUAUAGUCACCGUUUGUAUGUUCUGCCUCCUCUGCGCAGCCCAUUCCUGUGGCUCACACAUAGACAUACAAAGCAACGGAAUCCUCACAUACGAUGCGAGCAUUAAUGAACCUGAUCACUUAAAUAUAGACUUAGAAGAAAAACGGUCUUCUCGAUACCAUCAGAAAUUGCAGAAAAUUAGACAGGGAAGGUCCAAAAGGGAGGUAAAAGUGGACCCUGAUACCUAUGUACAGCAGAUCUUUAGGCUUUACGGAGAUGCUGAGCAUAUGACGAUGAAUUUGACGGGGUUCAAUAAGAUGUUGGUCGAGUUGGACCUGCAUGAGCUGGUGGAGGGAGGGCAGAAGAGUGAGAGUACUGGUAGGGGGCUGUACCCCGGAGACCAUGCGCAAGAUGCUAAAAAUGAUGUUGUUAAUUGUAUGAACAGCUCAGAACUAAUCACAACAGUUAACACUCGGUUAAAACCGCCACAUGACCACGCUCACGAACACACCGACCACCACAUGCACGAAGUUGAUGAGAUCAUCACGGAAUCCACCCUUCAGACCAUGUGCCCCAUACUCCUGUACCAAAAACUAGCCAGCACCUCCAUAGAAAGGACUGGAUGUGUCAAAGAAACUAGGAUAGGCAGAAGAACGGACGUAGCUCCCAAACAUGUGCCCACAGAAAUGGCAUACUCUAAAAAUAUGUAUGCCGUAUGGCUUUAUUCAUCGUUGUGUAUUUUCGCUAUUAGUGCUUGCGGUCUUCUCGGAGUAGCCGUGAUCCCAAUUAUGCAUAAGACUUAUUACAAUCAUCUACUGCAGUUUCUAGUAGCUUUAGCUGUUGGUACCCUAUGUGGUGAUGCGUUACUACAUCUGAUGCCUCAUGCAAUGAGUCCUGCUCAUGACCACGACAGCCAUGGAGAGACAGAACUCGAAAUAAGAGCGUCACACGAUGACGGUAUGUGGAAGGGACUUGCAGCUAUGUUAGGUGUGGUCUUCUUCUACUUCACGGAAAAGGGUCUAACAGUUGUUGUCGAAUGGAGGAAGCGCCGCCAAAAGCUAGAGGAAGACAAACUCCCUUCAAGAGUCCGAGUCCUCAAAGAUGAGACCGUAGGAGGCUGUUCAGGAGGCGCUAAAGCCCCAAUUACCAACUCCACAUCAAAUUCUCUUAUGAAAAUCUUCAAGCGAGACGAGAAAGGGGAUCCUACUACUAAGACUUGUAAGCACAAGUAUUCUGAAUACCCCUACUGUUAUGACGAAAUUGAUACUGAUACGCAUGAUGAUCAUCACUUGAGAGACGGUAUACCGCCCAGUCCUAAACAUGGGAAGAAACACAACAACUCCGUGAGUGUGGUCUCCUCGAAUGCCCUGAACGCUGAAGGUAAGGAGGAGCCUACUGCUAAGGAUUGGCUGCUGAAGGCCGAGUCGACUCCAGCGGUUGUGGAAAUGAAUAAUAUUAAGCAUAAAGAGGAGGGAAAGGAUCUGAAGGAUGGUGAUAGUUAUACUGUUAUAUUGAGGGAGCAUUCUCGCGCCCACCACGGGCACUCUCACGCGCACGGCCACGUGCACGCGCCGCCCUCGUCCAUCGCGUCCGUCGCCUGGAUGGUCAUCAUGGGAGACGGACUGCACAACUUCACUGAUGGCAUGGCUAUAGGUGCCGCGUUCGCUUCGAACAUAGCGGGCGGUUUCUCAACAGCCAUCGCGGUGCUGUGCCACGAGCUGCCUCAUGAAUUGGGUGACUUCGCAGUCCUUCUAAAAGCGGGUAUGUCAGUGAAACGAGCAGUUUGCUACAACAUCCUCUCGUCCGGCUUAUGUCUUCUCGGCAUGGUAUGCGGCGUCCUAGCGGGCCAUGCGCCGUCGGCUACUCGCUGGCUGUUCGCAGCCGCUGCCGGCAUGUUCCUGUAUAUUGCGCUCGUUGAUAUGAUGCCAGAGUUAAGUACAUCACACAGCAAAGAGGGUACUCUCUGCCAGUGCAUACUACAACUGAUGGGGCUUGCAACUGGCAUUGGCAUAAUGCUGGUCAUUGCCCUCUACGAGCACGACCUCAAAACGUUAUUCGGCUAAACUGUGCAGAAUAGCCUCCUGUGCAAAAUAGGCAAAUCCUAUGCAAGAUAGGACGAUCCUGUGCAAAAUAGUAGCAAAUUGUGCAAAAUAGUACCAAUCUGUGCAAAAUAGUACCAACCUGUGCAAAUCGUGAAUUUUGUGAAAUACGUUGAAACCAGUGAUAAGUGCCAAUCGGACAUGAUUAUCAAGUGUUAGUGGCUAUAAGCAAAACGGUUUAUGGUCUGUGACCAUAGUGUACAGAAUAUGACCAUAGUGUAAAAAAGGAAAAAUGAGAAUUUUGCAAAAAUGUAAUUGACGGUUAGAUCUCGAAUAUAAUUAAUUUUAUGUCGACGUUUUCUGGUGCUAUGUUUUGUCACCUGAUUUUGAGAUUUUUCGAAAAUACUUGUGAACAUAUUUUUUUGGAAUUUUCUCCAUUAGUGAAUUGCACCUUUUAUUUGUAAAAUUACACUGACUACUAGGAUAAAUUGUGGCCAAUUCUUUUUGUAGGUAUGUAUAUUCAAAAACUAAUUUUGAUUUACUUGACUUGCUAAAAUAAAAACCAAUGAAAGAAUUGUACAAUUUAAACUGAAAAAGGUUGGCCCCUUGUCUAUGGAAUUUAACUUUUAUUUUUAAUUAUAAAUAAUAAGUUAUGGUGUCUACUUAAAAACAUGAUUUCAAGGUACUUAUAAAUAGUGUAAAUAAAAUUAAAUGAGAAAUAAAUAAAUUGUGAUAAAGCUAUACUUCGAAAUUUUCUUAAAAUAUUAUUAUUUUUAACACUCGAAUACUUUGUGAAACUGGUUGUAGAAUGUUUAAGUGAACAGUUAAAUUAAUUAAAUGGUUAAUAUAAAAUACAUGCGUUUUUCGACUAAAUAUUAUUACUAAAAUAACUGUUGGAGACUAGUUUUUAACUACAGAUUUGUUUGGAAUUUUAUUUACUAGUAUAUUCCACGCAUAGUACAUAUAAAAUAUUAAUACACAUGAAAUAAUACAUUUUUGAACAAAAAUAACCCUGCAAAAUGCAGCUUAUUAAAUCAAGUAAACAUGGAAAACACAUUACCCUUCUUGAAAGUUGGGUAAAAACCAGUAUUUAUCUAUUUUUAUCAAAUACCAAUUAAUUAUAUAACAUUGAAAACUAAUUUGUGGUUGUACAUAAACCAUCCUACUAAUAUCAUAAAUGCAGAUAAAGUAGCCCUCCUCGAUAAAUUAACUAUCUAACACUGUAAUAUUUUAUAAACAGACCUACUGAUCCGUUCUUGAGAUUAGCGCAAUCGAGCCAACAAACUCUUGAGCCUCAUUAAGUCAGUUUUUCAUAUAUAACAUGUAAAUAUGAAUCUUCCUACUGUACAUGCUUUAAUUAGUUGUAUUUUACAACCAUUCUGUAAAAAUCCAUAUUGAUAAUAAAAUAAAAUUAUACUACCUCUUUUUCCCAUCUUUAAAUUUUUUAUCGUUUUUUUUUUCUUUUUACAUUUUUAUCAUGAUGCAAUAGAUAUUCAAAAUGAUACGGUUUUUCUUACAGAAUGGUUAUAAAAUUACAAUGAAGUUGUAGAUUUUGUAAUUUCAAAACUUUUUCUAUUUAAACAAUAGUCGGAAUUAGUAGAAGGGUUUCUAGUAUGUUAAAGCCAGAAUUUUCCUACUUAACUUGAAAAUAAAUCAGAAAGCAGGCUUUAUUUUCACAAAAAACAUUGAUACUUAAAUUGUGGCUUUACCUAAACUCAAGUUUUGAAAACUAUAUUUCAAAGUUCUCUAUGGGAUUCAUUAAGUAUGGUCGACAAUCCUUGGUCUAGCAUCUACCAAAGCAGAGAAGUUUUUAAUCAACCAAAGAAAUUUCUCCACUCAGGGAUACUGAUAUUAUGUCCUCCUAGCUGAUUAUCGGCUACGGCGGCUGUUCUCAUGUAAGGAUAUUGGCCAACUACGCAGGACAUAUUAUAGUGCACGAGCAUUUGCGCAGACACAGGUGCACUCACUAUUCCUUAGGGAUACUAUUAAGUGUUUGAAGAACGAAAUUCUAUUGGUUGUUUAAAAUCUUCUUAUCUUUGGUAAAAUCUCAAGUUUAGAUAUUUAGAUGCGCAAUAGAUCUUUUAGUUAUUAAAAUUAUAUAUUGCGCAGUUAAAAUACUAACUUUAGGCUAGCUAAGAUAUGUCGACCGUACUACAACACUAGAAUAAAUUUUAUCACAAAGACUCUUCUUUGUAUUUUGUUCCUAAACUUGUACUUACGUAUAUGAAUUAUUGUGAAUAAGUGUUACUUAAUAUCUACUUAAAUACCACCAUUGUAUCCGAGACAAAAAAAAAAAACAAAAAUAAAGUAUUUGUUGUAAAUAAUUCCAUGUAUUUUUUUCUUGCUUCAUCUUUUGAUAAUUUUUGUACCUGAUACAAAGGUGGGCAUCGAAUUGAAAACUCAACAAAAAAGUUAAUAAGGUGCGUUUAAUUUUAUUAGAAAAAACGUUAAAAUGCAUUUCAUUUAAAAAUAAAUUGGUUAAGUUGAUAUUUAACACAAAUAAGUUGCUUUUUGUCUGUAAAGCGCUGCGUUUUGAUAUCGAUUAUCGAUAAAUAAGGGUUGCAUCACUAGCUCUUAUUUAUCGAUGUCGAUAAUAAUUGAGGCUAACUUAUUUAAAAUGUUAUGGACCAUUGUAUGUGUGGUAUUCCUUUUGAAAUAUAUGUUCAUGAAUAUUUAAAAAAAAUGCUAUAAUUAUUUAUAGUGAUGUUCUAUGGCCUAAUUGAAAUGUUUCAACAAUAUUCAUGGACAAAUAUUCAAAAGUUGAAUAAAACAAAAGUAACUAUAGAAAAGCAGUUUGUAAGUACGUUCUUAAGUUAUUUUUAAGCGAUUUUUGAUUUUAUUUGUGUUUGCAAAUCAUGUUUGAUGAGAAUGUAAAUAUCGACAAACUGAAGGAUUCUCAGUUUUGUAAGAUAUCGAGGAAAUGUGUAAAAAUGUGAUCGCGAUGCGAGCUAUGUGUGAUAAAAUGAAACUUGGACAUACUUUGCUAUAUAUUGUAAUAAAAUAUAAUUCAAAUUCAUAAUUUUUAAA